AUGGGUUCCAUCAGGUCCUCCACCUCGCGGGCAGGCGUACAGUCUGCUGGCGGUGAUGGACUGCAGCAAUCCACGUCGCAGGAGAAGGUGGCCAGAGAGAAUUCCCAUUCCAUCCUUCCAACUAACAACCAGCAUCAAUCGUCUCGAUAUGUGCUGGGUCUCUUCCGUGUGGCAAGUGCCGGCGAGAGCGGGCGGACGGGCAUCCACCCGAUGCACUUCCUCAAGGUCACCUUCCGCAGCAUCUGUACGGCAUCAAUGAUCGUAAACAUUCUAUGGCCCUUUGUACCGGCCGCGAUCGUCAUGCAUUUCGCACGCCCAGAGCUGCACGUGUGGGUCUUUACGCUCAACUACAUCGCGAUAGUGCCCUCGGCCAAUGUCCUCGGAUUUGCAGGCGGAGAGUUGGCAAAGAAGCUGCCCAAGGUGCUUGGAGUCCUGCUGGAGACGUUCUUGGGAGCCGUGGUUGAGAUCGUGCUUUUCAUGGUCUUGCUGCAUAAUGAUCAUGAUGGUCACCUGCUUCCAGUCAUUCAGGCCGCGAUCCUCGGCUCGAUUCUGGCGAACUUGCUUCUUUGUCUGGGGACGUGUUUCUUUGUCGGUGGUCUUCGACGGAGUGAGCAGGUCUUCCACGAGGCAGUCAGCGAGGUUGGAACAGGCUUGCUAUUGGUGGCGGGCUUUGGUCUGUUGAUUCCCAGUGCAUUCUACUCUGCGCUAAAAAGUGCCGUCAAUGAAGAGUUCACAAUAGAAAUGUUGAGUGAUUAUUCGCUGAAGAUCAGUCGUGCUACGGCCGUUAUUCUUUUGGUGGCUUUCGUGACGUACCUGAUCUUCAACCUCCACAGCCACAACACAAUCUUCGACGAGAUCCUUGAAAAGGACGAGGCACAAGACGAGGACAGACAUUUGGAGCUGCGACGCGCGAAGCUCACCUUUGCCGAAUGCAUUGUCGCCAUUGUCAUCUCGUUAGCCUGCGUCUGCAUGUCUGCCGUAUUCCUGGUCCAAGAGAUCGAGCACAUCGUUGAGCUUGGCGUCUCCGAUAACUUCAUGGGUCUCAUCCUAGUCCCCCUUGUGGAGAAAGCCGCUGAACAUCUCACCGCGGUGGACGAGGCAUGGGACAAUCAGAUUAACUUUGCACUUUUCCACUGUCUGGGUCCCUCUAUCCAGACGGCUCUGCUCAAUGCUCCACUGGCGGUGCUCGUGGGCUGGGGUCUGGAUAAGAAUAUGAGUCUUAACUUUGAGAUUUUCAUGGUUGUUCUGCUUGUGUUGUCGAUUUUGGUAGUUGGCAACUUCUUGCGUGAUGGCAAGUCGAAUUAUUUGGAGGGCACUUUGUGUGUCCUUGUUUACUUUAUUAUCGCUGUCACUUCGUGGUAUUACCCCAAAGUGGAUGUGGCUUCGACGAACAGCGCCUAA